GCGGCCACCAAGACCUGAUGACACCCUGGGCUCACAGCCCGCCAUGCCCUGCCCUCUUAGAGCCCAGGAUUUCACGGAAUUCUUGGAAGGUGGCUGAGAGGAAGGGCUGCUGUUACCCCGCAGGAGCCAGAGCCGACGGCGGAUGCGCGGCCGGUGUUUUCCAGCCCCAGCUCACGACGGAGCCACGGCGCACUCGGGUGCCCAAGGCAACGCCAGACCGGCUGCCAUUACCGCCUCUGCCCUGCCAGCCCGGCAGGCUGGGAGAGCCGGGAGAGCUCAGUGCGUGACCAGAGCCCCCGGAGCGCCCCCAGCAGCGGCCCCGCUCCCGCGGCGCCGGGCCGGCGGCAGCGGGCAGGGCACGGCGGGCCGGCGGCGCUCCCGCCCGCGGAACUUGCGCACAGGCCGCCGCCCCCCUUCCGGCAGCCGCGGCCGGGCCGCGCAGGAGGCGGGCUGAGAUGGCGGCUGCCGUGCCCGGCGCCUCCCGGGCCCGCGCCGCCGCCGCGCUGCUGCUGCUGCUGGGCUGCUGCGGCGCGGCGCUGCCCGGCGGCCUCCAGGAUCAAGCAGAGCAGUUUUUUAGAAGUGGACAUACGAAUAACUGGGCAGUUUUGGUGUGUACAUCUCGAUUCUGGUUUAAUUAUCGUCAUGUGGCAAAUACUCUUUCCGUGUACAGAAGUGUCAAGAGGCUGGGCAUUCCUGAUAGUCACAUUGUCUUGAUGCUGGCAGACGAUAUGGCAUGUAAUCCCAGAAAUCCCAAACCUGCUACUGUGUUUAGUCAUAAAAACAUGGAGCUGAAUGUCUAUGGAGAUGAUGUGGAAGUGGAUUACAGAAGCUAUGAGGUUACUGUGGAAAAUUUCUUGCGUGUUUUAACGGGAAGAAUCCCACCAAGCACACCACGAUCGAAACGUCUUCUUUCUGAUGACAGAAGCAAUAUUUUAAUAUAUAUGACAGGCCAUGGUGGAAAUGGUUUCCUAAAAUUUCAGGAUUCUGAAGAAAUCACAAAUGUAGAGCUUGCUGAUGCCUUUGAACAAAUGUGGCAGAAAAGAAGGUACAAUGAAUUGUUGUUUAUUAUUGAUACUUGUCAAGGAGCAUCCAUGUAUGAACGAUUUUAUUCACCCAAUAUAAUGGCCUUGGCUAGCAGCCAAGUAGGAGAAGAUUCUUUAUCACAUCAGCCUGACCUGGGGAUUGGCGUUCACCUCAUGGACAGAUACACCUUCUAUGUGUUAGAGUUCUUGGAAGAAAUCCAUCCAGCCAGUCAGACAAAUAUGAAUGACCUAUUCCAGGUCUGUCCAAAAAGCUUGUGUGUUUCCACGCCUGGGCACCGGACAGACCUGUUCCAGCGAGACCCUCAGAACGUUCUGAUCACGGAUUUCUUCGGCAGCGUCAGGAAGGUGGAGAUCACUGCAGAGAGGCUUUCCCUGGACAGGGAUGUGCCUGGCCUGGAAAGCAAGUUUCCAGAGGAGGAGUUGGCAGCAGAGCCACUAAAAUAUGCUGAACAACUUCCUGUAGCUCAGAUAAUACACCAGAAACCAAAACAAAAGGACUGGCAUCCACCUGGAGGAUUUAUUUUAGGACUCUGGGCAUUGAUCAUCAUGGUUUUCUUCAAAACAUAUGGAAUCAAGCACAUGAAACAUGUCUUCUGAACUGGAGCAAAAAAGAUACUUGCACUGGCUGCUACUUUGGGUUCCUGGGUAUCUCCUGUGUUCCCUUCAUGUGGAUUAUAGUUGUGUUGAAAUACUGUGUUGACAUCUUGCUUCUAAAGAUUCUUUUGAAGCCAUCUCUUCUGCCCCUUUUUCUGGAAAGAUUCUAAAAAGUGGUUUUAAUGUUACUGUUAUUUCACUUUGUCUUGAUUUAAACAUAUUUUAAUGCUUUUCUGAGCAUUUUUUCUUUUUGGUUAAACUUAAAAAGGGCAGGAACUAAACCCAAUUACAAGAUUUCUGUGGUUGCUUCUGGAUUGUGAAUGGGCAAAUUCUUUCCACCAUACUUUAAAGUAAAUCUUAGAAGAAGUCACCUCUUACUAAAGAACUGGACGUUGUGGAGAACGUUAUUUAAGAUGUCAAUCUGUCAAUAAAAACUUUAGCAUGGCAUAUUGAAAGCUUUCUUCACAAAAAUAAAAAUACUCUGGAAUAUAUUGAUUUCUUUUUUAUUAUUAUUUUUUGUUCCCUGUUAAAUAAAACCCUUACAUCAGUCCUUUCGCCUUAGAUAGUUCUGAGUCUAGAAUUCUAUGAGUUGGUGAAAGUAAAACAAAAAUUAUAUGACUUUGCUGAAUCUACUUAAAAAGAAGGCCAAAAAAAGUGAAAGGACUUCACCAUGUCCAUUAGAAACCCUUCACAGAUGUUGUAUUUUCACUGCAUAUAAUAUGGACUUGGAUGCUUUCAGAAUUUUCAGUGCACUGGACUCUGCACUGAAGAAAAUCAGCUCUGGCAUCAGGAUGAAGAACGUUAUAAAUUGUACCAUUGUAUUCUGUAGUUUCUGAGCCCCUAGAAAAUGUGCUUUGUUGCCUGUGUUUUGUAAAUUCUGGUUCGGCAUAUUGUUGUGUUCUUCCUGGACAUUUACUGAUGAAUGUGUGCUAGAGGGGUUUUGUCUGUAUAAUACAGUGAUAUUUGUGAAGAGAAGAGCAAAUCUGUGCAUGUGUAGAAACACAUCAGUCAGUGAGGAGAAGCUUUUGCCCCGUGCUUUUGGAACAUGUUCUCUCCUUAACCAAAAUAAAGCUUACCUGACACAGUCA